AUGGUGGCAAGUUACAAACAUGUUAUUAUGGUUAAAGAAGUAACGUGGGAGAAACCUCAACAAUCAUUCCUCAAGCUCAACACUGGUAGGAGUGCCCUUAACAACCCCGGGAAAAUUGAAGGAGGAGGAAUAGUAAGAGAUUUUCAAGGUAAUAUGAUAUAUGCAUUUACUAUUCCUUUGGGUAUUAGUACCAACAACCAAGCGAAAAUUCAAGCAGUAAGCCAUGGUUUAUAUUGGUGCAUUCAGCAUGGAUAUAGAAAAAUACACUUGGAAGUGGAUUCAGAAUUGGUCAUUCAUUGGCUUUCGAAUCAAACCUACUACCCAUGGAACCUACAGCCAUACAUCCUGGAAAUCCACAGAAUAGUGCAUCAUUUGGAAAGAAUCAAGAUUACUCAUCUCUACAGGGAGGCAAACAACACGGCUGAUCGGCUAUCACAAUAUAGUCACAACACAGACAUUGUUCAAAACUUUUACAUCAAGGAUCAAUUACCUACUCUUGCGAGAGGAAGCUUCAUUCUAGAAAAACUUGGUAUGGCUAAUUUCAGGAGAAAGAAAUUGAAAAGAAUCAAGAAACCUCCAUGA